AUGAUGCUUUAUCUGACAGGGUGCUGUGGGCCGCUCCACCCUCUAUAUACGUAUGAGUUUGUCAAUACUCCACAGGAAAUAUAUUACAGGUUUGAUCUUUAUAGCAGCUCUGUCUACUCAAUACUUACUUUGAAAAGCAACGGGGUGCUUCAAAGGUUGAAUUAUAAUCCUCGGAAUCAGGAUUGGACUGAUUACCUCGAUGCACCAGCUGAUUCUUGUGAUGAUUAUGGGCUUUGUAACGCCUAUGGUAUCUGUAGCAUUGUUAGUUCUCCAUUCUGUAGCUGUCUGGAUAAAUUUGUGCCGGUAUCCCCCUUUGACUGGCAAACAACCGACUGGUCUAGUGGCUGUAAGAGAAGGGUUCCUUUAGAUUGUCAAAAGGGAGAUGGAUUUCUAAAGUAUUCAGGCAUCAAGUUGCCAGAUACAAGACAUUCCAGGUAUAAUCAAAGUAUGUCUCUCAAGGAAUGUGAGAAACUUUGCAUGAAAAACUGUUCCUGUACAGCUUAUUCGAAUUCAGACACAACAGGCAAGGGUAGUGUCUGCUUGCUUUGGUUUGAUAAUCUGAUAGAUAUCAAAAAGCUCAGCGAUAGCGAUCAAUAUAUCUACAUUAGGGUGGCCUCCUCUGAGUUAGGCUCUGGAUCCAAUAAAGGAAAAAUAAUCGUAAUCAGCUUGGUCUUGCCGGCAGCAGUUCUACUGUUGGUGCUUAGCCUUAUCUUGUACUUUAAAAAGAAAAAGAAGAAGCAGCAGCGGACACAAACUGAACAGCUAUCUGGCGAAGUGCAAAUAGGAGGCACAUCAGAGCGAUAUCCUUCUAGAGAAUAUGACAAGGAAGAUGUCGACCUGCCAUUGUUUGAUUGGCAAACCGUUGUGCAGGCUACCAAUUACUUCUCAAGUGAUAAUAAGCUUGGAGCAGGUGGAUUUGGUCCUGUAUACAAGGGUAUACUUGUUGGGGGACAGGAAAUCGCAGUGAAGCGGCUUUCUGAAUACUCCAUGCAAGGACUUGAUGAGUUCAAGAAUGAGGUUAAACUCAUUGCAAACCUCAAGCACAGAAAUCUUGUGAAGCUUCUAGGGUGCUGCAUACAAGCAAAAGAGAGGAUAUUGAUUUAUGAAUACAUGCCUAACAGAAGCUUGGACUCCUUUAUUUUUGAUCAUGAUCGGAGCAGAUUGCUUGAUUGGCCAAAACGCUUCCAGAUUAUUAAUGGGAUUGCUCGCGGGCUUCUUUAUCUUCAUCGAGACUCCAGAUUGAGAAUCAUCCAUAGAGACCUUAAGGCUGGGAAUGUUUUGUUAGAUAUUGACAUGAAACCAAAAAUAUCAGACUUCGGCAUGGCCAGAAUUUUUGCAAAUGAGAACGAGGCAAACACAAAAAGAGUUGUCGGAACAUAUGGCUACAUGCCUCCAGAGUAUGUAGUGGAUGGAUACUAUUCAACAAAAUCAGAUGUAUAUAGCUUUGGCGUUUUGGUACUGGAGAUUGUAACUGGGAGGAAGAAUAGAGGAUUUACCCAUGCAUCUCACAAUCAUAAUCUUCUUGGGCAUGCAUGGUUACUCUACAAAGACGGCAGAUUUCAGGAGUUGGUCGAUGACCAUGUGAGUAAAUCUUGUUAUCUGUCCGAAGUUAUUAGAUCAAUUCAUGUAGGACUACUCUGUGUACAACAAUUUCCAGACGACAGGCCAAGCAUGUCAUCCGUGGUUUUGAUGUUGGCUAGUGAUAGAGCAUUACCUUUCCCUAAAGAGCCUGGCUAUUUCACUCAAAGAAAUUUGUUUUUUGAACCUGAGAAGAGUUUAUCAAGCACGAAAGCAGAUAGUUCUAGCAAUCAACUCACCGUCACGAUGUUAGAUGCUCGAUAGUUUUGAGUAAAUCUCUUGAUCCUCUUCUUUGUACAUGUUAACUUGAUGAUCUCAUAAUACAUAGUUGUUCUCAAGUUAA